AUUUAAUUUGAAACGGGAAGCGAAGGUGUGCAGAAAAAGACAACAUUUCCGUCGAAUAUUUUUUAGCAUAAACGCUAUCACUAAGCAUCCAAUCCAAGCGUUCUUAAAAUUUGAUUGCGAGUACACAGUGCUAUGGAAAGCAUUUCUCUAGAAGCAGGAAUUCCACAACAUUACUCCCAUAGGCAAUUCGGUAUGCUGUCUCCCUUGGAUCUCUCGCUACGAUCAUCAGCAGCUCCAAUGACUCCUCCUUCAACGCCGUCUCCACCUCGAAAAAAACAGAAAAGUUUGGAAGAUUACAGCAUUUGGAGGCCACACACCUUGGGUUAUUUUGAUAAUACCCCAUUUUCAUCUUGGAAUUCUAACAGUCUACUUCCUAUCGACUCUGAGUCAAACGAGGAAGCUAAAGGGGACGCGAUAAAUGCAAAGGUCACAAAUCAUAACAUUGACAUAGAGGAAACAAUUGUAUUGACUGAGGAUGAUACGAAUAAUGAUGAAGAAUUCGUUGAUGUUCUCAGCAAUGACGAUGAGCCUCCCGUUUAUCAGCAGUUAACUUCUAAGGAAACUGAAAAUCACAAUGCCGAGGAAGAUAAGGAAAUAAAAUCAGCACCGCUCUCCAGAAAUAAACUGGUAUAUGAGGAUGCCGAACUUCAUGCGCAAGCUGUAGAGGGAUUUGAAAGAUUAUUCAGAAAAAGUUUUGAAGAUGAAACUGUCAGUACCUCCUCGCAAGAAAAACAAACGAUUUCAUCGAACGAAAUCCAAGAAUGUCAAAAGCAGAUUAUGAAGAAUCGUUAUGAAAAACGAAAAAUGAAAAUUCGAAAACAACUUGUUGAUGAAGAUAAUAGUAGUCCUGUUUCAGGCACUAUAAUUCGCAAACUCAGAGAAGAUGAAGAGCUGGUAAUCCGAAAGGGUGAUAUUGACCCAGCUUUCAACGUAGUGGAGAUUACGGAAGAGGCGAAGUCGCUCUUGGCCAGUAUAGAUAACAAAAUUGGAUCGUAUUUGUGUCAACUAUGCAGGACUCUUUAUGAUGACGCUUUUCAAUUGGCCCAACAUAGAUGCACAAGAAUUGUACAUAUUGAAUACAGAUGUUCCGAAUGCGAUAAGGUUUUCAACUGCCCUGCAAAUUUGGCAUCCCACCGAAGAUGGCACAAACCGAAAGGAGAUGUGAAUACUACAGAUGGAAAGAAGUCAACACCAGAGAAAUCAAGCCAAGUCUGUAAUGAUAUUAGCCAAGAUGAUGGAAAUCAAGAAGGAAUAUUCACAUGCAAUGAAUGUGGAAAAGCUUUCAGAAGGCAUGCUUAUUUGAAGAAACAUCUUCAGUCGCAUCAAAUGUUAGAAGAAUUGAAAUCAAACGAACGCGGAAAGCAUCCCCCAGGAAGUAUACUAAAUCCACACAACUAUCAAAUGCUUCACAGUCAGAGACCUCGUCAUCCAAUUCUCCCCCAAAUUGCUGCAGGACAUCGGCUCUAUGCUCAUAAUUCAGUGCGUUAUCCACCAUUCCCGCUAGGUCUAGACCAACGACGAAUCCAUUCUCUCAGCGAAUUUUACUUUAACCAUUGUCCGGAUCGAUUAUCUGCUUUUCAAUAUGUUCAGAACCCAGUCGCAGCUGUGCAUAGAAUUCCGCUUCCAGGGUUUCACGAGUUCACAUCGAUGUUACCGUCGACGCAUAUGGCAGUUAAAUGACAACAAAUUCUUCGACCUAUUCCCCGGAUAGCUGGAAAUGUAUCCACACAGAAGUCAUCAUCAUCCACUGUGGUUAGUGGAAAUGGUCAAAGCAAUACUAGUAGGGAUUGGACACCCAACUGCUUUGGCAUUCUUUAAUUUCGUUAUCCUGCUUGUGAAGGUAUGCAGGCAUAGCUUAAAUUAAUUUGUGAUAUUUGAAUGCUCUUUUGUGUGUUUUAAUGAGUACGAACCUAUGUCAUUUAUACGAUAAGAAUAGCAUGUUAUGUUCAUUCAGUAUUUGUUUGAAAUGGAAAUAAACUAUAUUGUUGAAACGAGA